AUCAAACUCGCCUUCAGUGUGUGAUAGAAUAAACUACAAUCAGUCGACUACGAACCGAACAGUGUAAACUUGAACCUCCACGAGACCUCCCAGAAGCACCCCAGAAUGCCUCAGAAAAUCGACUCGCCCCUACGUUCCGUAACCGACGAGGUACCUCUAGUAUCGGCACGCGACAAAUUCACUCUUGUCGUUCUCGGAGCUUCGAAAGUUGGCAAAACUACCAUAGUACAGCAAUUCCUGUACGGGAACCCGCCAGAAAAAUACGUGCCGACCGUGGAAGAGUUUCAUCAAGGAGAGCUGGAAUUCGAUGGAACUUCAGUGACGCUAGACAUUAUCGACACGUCGGGGGCCAUGGAGUUUCCGGCUCAGCUGAAGGUCAACAUACAGAAAGCGGACGCAUUCCUGCUCGUAUUCUCCUACAACAAUCAGGAAUCCUUCGAACAAGCGGCGCGACUACGAGAUCUCAUACUGAAGCUCAACAAUAAGGAUCCGAAAAUCGUCGUCGUCGGCAACAAGGGCGAUCUUCUACAUGACGCUCCGGAACGCUGUGCCAUAAGUCGCGAACUAGCCGAGUCGCUCGCAGUCAUAGACUGGGAGGUGGGAUUCGUCGAUUGCUGCGCCAAGGAAAAUCGGAACGUUUUAGAAAUCUUCAAUCGAUUACUUGCACUAUGCGGCCUGCCCUACGAACUACCCGAGAAACCGAAGAAGUCCAAACUGCGUAAGACAUCACUCCCGUCGUUCGUGGCGAAUCCAUCCGAUCCCAAAGUCUCGGGGAGACGGCAUAACUCCUGCAAUGUCUCCUGA